AGACUGUAAGUAGCCGUAUAGUCAUUCCUUUCGGAAGCACUCGGUCGUGUUUCGCUCAUCUUACGUUAAGCAAUCCGCUUCAACACGAGCCGUCACUAAUUACACCACGUGACCGUCCCACGUGGGUCCUCUAUCUGGUGUGUAAACAACACGUUUACUAUCAUAUCGCUCCUGGCAUUUUAAAAGUAUAUUUUUAUUUACAGCCACAUCGCAGCUGACCUGAGUGACCGGACACAGCUUGAAUCAAUACACCUGUCCCUGUGUGUGUGAGCGUGUGCGUGUGCGUGUGCGUGUGCGCGUGUGUGUGUGUGUGCACGCGCAUGCGUGUGCGUCUCCCUCGUAGUAUCAUCUGAUUGGAGGAUGAAUUUGGUGACGUUAAACUCAAGCGUUCUACGCGGUGACAUCAUCGCCCCGCGUCCGCUCAAUCACAGAAGGAUGCGCUCGUAUUUGUGACCGGCGUACGCCGAACCCCGCCCCGAUCGGCGGAGCGGGCCCUCGUUAAACACCGCCUCCUCCGCCGGUUGACCGACUCCAACCGGGCUGGAGGUCGCUGCGGACGCAGGAAGCCCGGAACGUGGCGGAGAAUACAACCACCGGGCGCUCACAUCCGGGUGUCUCAGCGCUAACGCCAUCGACGCCGAGGCCCCGCAGGAAACCCGACACGCCGGUGACCAUAACGAGCACACCCGUUGUGAGUUUUUUCGCGGCUAUUUGGCUUUAGCCGAUUGUUGUCGAACGUAAAGACAAUUAAGCGAUUACGUUGCCGUGAGAAGCGUUCCUGUGACACCGGCCGCGUGCUGGUCUGUGUAGAGGGAACAUUUAGCGGGAACAUUUAGCGGGAACAUGAACAGCCGACUGCAGGAGAUCCGGGAGCGGCAGAAACUCCGGCGGCAGCUGCUCGCUCAACAGCUGGGAGCCGAGAGCGCCGACAGCAUCGGAGCCGUGCUGCACAGCAAGGACGAGCUGAAGGAGAUCGAGGAGACCCGGGAGACGUGCAGAGCGGCGUUCGACAGCUCGGCCGCUCCCUCCAAGAGGAAGGCUCCGGAGGGGGAGGACGCCGAGGAGGACGUGGAGGAGCCCAAGGACGAGGUGGAGCUGCAGCCGCUGGAUGAGAGCAACCCGUACGAGGAAGUGUACAAGGACUCCAGCACCUUCCUGAAGGGCACGCAGAGCCUGAACCCGCACAACGACUACUGCCAGCACUUUGUGGACACGGGCCACCGGCCACAGAACUUCAUCAGGGACGUGGGCUUGGCGGAUCGAUUUGAAGAAUACCCGAAGCUGCGGGAGCUGAUCCGGCUGAAGGACGAGCUCAUCGCCACCACCAACACGCCGCCGAUGUACCUCCAGGCGGACCCGAUGCACUUUGACCUGCAGGACCUGAAGUGUGAGUUCGACGUCAUCCUGCUGGAGCCGCCUCUGGAGGAAUACUACAGAGAAUCCGGCAUCAGCCACACGGAGCGCUUCUGGACCUGGGAUGACAUCAUGAAGCUGGAGAUCGAGGAGAUCUCCUCUCUGCGCUCCUUCGUGUUCCUGUGGUGUGGUUCUGGUGAAGGUCUGGACCUGGGCCGCAUGUGCUUGAGGAAGUGGGGCUUCAGGCGCUGUGAGGACAUCUGCUGGAUCAAGACCAACAAGAACAACCCGGGCAAGACCAAAGCUCUGGACCCCAAAGCCGUCUUCCAGAGGACCAAGGUACCGGAGAUGCAUGUCCUCCUCUCAGAUCCUCUAGGUGUGACAGUAGAUCAUAACGUGGUGAACCUCUGGCUGCAGGAACACUGCCUCAUGGGGAUCAAAGGCACGGUGCGCAGGAGCACCGACGGAGACUUCAUCCACGCCAACGUGGACAUCGACCUGAUCAUCACCGAGGAGCCGGAGAUGGGCAACGUGGAGAAGCCCGUGGAGAUCUUCCACAUCAUCGAGCACUUCUGCCUGGGCCGCAGGAGGCUGCACCUGUUCGGACGAGACUCCACCAUCAGGCCAGGUUGGCUGACGGUCGGUCCCACCUUGACGAACAGUAACUUUAACCCGGAGUCGUACCCGUCUCACUUCGUGAACUCUCAGCUGUCGGGCUGCACCGAGGACAUCGAGCGGCUCCGGCCCAAGUCGCCGCCCGCCAAGCUGAAGUCAGAGCGUGGGGGCGGAGCCGCCAGAGGGGGGCGCGGCGGGCCUCCGGGAAGGGGCGGGGACAGAGGACGGGAGCGGAACCGGCCCAAUUUCCGUGGGGACCGGGGGGGGUUCAGGGGCCGGGGGGGGCCCCACCGGGGCUUCCCCCCCCGCUAGAGGCCCUCAGCGCUCAGAGCGGACUGAGUGAGCGUCUUUUAUAUACUUGUGUUUUUGUUUACAUUUCUUCAUCGAUAAUACUUUAGAUUGAAUAAACUAUUAUUUUGACUUUG